AUGCUUUCCGCAGGGGAACGACCCCAGCCUCCUCACGCUUCCAUAGUAGAUUCUACCGUGAGCAAGGCGCGCAUCAUGCCGGAUCUCAUCAAUGGAACCAACGGAGUAACAACCUCCAAACCAACACAAAUGCAACAUAUCUGGGUUGUGACCGGUCCAGCAGGGUGCGGAAAGAGUACCGUCGGUAACGUCCUACGCACCGAGCUAGCCAUACCAUUCCUAGAAGGCGACGACUACCACCCGACAGCAAACAAAGACAAAAUGGGUCAAGGCAUCCCACUCACAGACGAGGACCGCUGGGACUGGCUGAUCUCCCUUCGCCAAGCCGCAAUCGACGCGCUCUCCUCAGAAGACGACAACUUUCACCCACCCGCCGGCGUCGUAGUAGCCUGCUCCGCGCUAAAGCAGAAGUACCGGGAUGUGAUGCGCGUCGCUGCGUACGGCUCGUCCUCCGUGCAGAUCCACUUCGUCUACCUCAAGCUCAGUGAGACGGUGUUGAUGCAGCGUGUCACACAGCGUGAAUCGCAUUAUAUGAAGAGUGACAUGGUGCACUCGCAGCUUGCGGCGCUGGAGGAGCCCAAGGGUGAGUGGGAUGCUAUUACAAUCAAUGUUGAGGGGACGAUGGAGGAGGUGCAGCGCAAUGUUAUUGAUGCUGUUGUUGAGAAGCUUGCUGAGUAUAAAUGA